UCUGGAGUGUAUGAUGCUCAUUUGCUGCAGGCCCCGCCAUCGUGAAACUGGAUACCGACUUGCGGCGGAUGGGGUGACCGAGCUCGCUGCUCCGCCGGGGAGGUCCCUGCCUUCGGACGCUACCGGGGUGGGAGCUGCCUGUGCCCGGUUCUAAAGGGAGGAAGGAGUGGCACAGAGGGAAAAUGCAGACGGAGGAGGAGACGGCCACCGCAGAAGAGCCCAUUUUGGAGGAAGGGUCAGGACGAGAGCAGCAACGGCCAGUCCAGCAGUCUCUGGCCUUCUCCCUGUGUCGGGAGUCCCACUGGAAGUGCCUCCUCCUGACCCUCCUCAUGUACGGCUGCUUCGCCACGCUCGCCUGGUGCGCUCUCUGUCGCGUGCCCGUCCUCGGCUCCUCCUCCUCCGUACCCCUCGGUGCCGACGACGAUGCCACCUCCGCAGCCUACUACAGCGACAUCCUGCACCUGGAGAGUCCGUGCUCCAGCGGCUACGUCUACAUCCCCCUGGCCUUCCUGGCAAUGCUGUAUGUGGUUUACUUGGUGGAGUGCUGGCACUGCUUCUCCAAGACGGCCAUGUUGGCUCACGCCGAAUUCCAGGAGGUGUACGAGCGUGUGCAGAGACUCCAGCAGGCCACGCCCUGCAUUUGGUGGAAGGCCAUCAGCUAUCACUACGUGAGGAGGACCAGGCAGGUGACCAGGUACCGCAACGGAGACGCAUACACGACCACACAGGUCUACCAUGAGCGGGUGAACACUCAUGCCUCCAGCUCAGAGUUUGACUACGGCCGCUACGGAGUCAAAGACGUCUCGAAGGAGCUGCUGGACCUGCAACGGCACCCUGCGGUCCGCCUCCGCUUCACCAAGUGUUUCAGCUUCUCAAGUGCACGUGCAGAGGCUGCCUACCUCACGCAGCGAGCGCGCUUCUUCGGGGAGAACGAGGGGCUUGACGACUACAUGGAGGCCAGGGAGGGAAUGCACCUGAAGAACGUGGAUUUCCGUGAACACAUCCUGGCGUUCCCGGAUCCCGCUCACCAGCCCUGGUUUUCUCGGCACAGGGUGUUCUGGCUGGCUUCUGCUUUCCUUCUGUCGUGGCCGCUGCGGGUCGUGUCAGAAUUUCGCACGGCAUACGUCCACUACCAUGUGGAGAAGCUGUUCGGGGAGGACGAGGACGGUGGCGGAGGAGGCGGUGGAGGGGGAAGAGGUGAUGGGACUGAGAAUGGAGCCCACCCUGGAACCGGUCUAAAUGGGGCGAGCUACAGGGCCAUCUCUCGGGUCAACACGGUGGACAUGACAGAGUUGGAGUGGCACAUUCGCUGUAACCAACAGAUGGUACCGAGCUACUCCGAAGCCCUCCUUAUGGACUUGGACAUGGGCGGGGGGACAAACCCGACCGCCUCUACACCCAUAUCCGGGCCAACAAGCUCCACCCCCAGCCAGGGGUCCAACCCACCUUCUCUCGCUCUGCCCGUUGUGUUCAACUCGGCUUACCUCCUCCAGAGCUGCCCCCGGUGCCGGAGGACCACAUCGAGUUCCAGUCUUCCCUCCAGGCUACGGGCCCCCAUGGGAACCACAGCCCUACUGAACGCUACCGUGGCGGGAAUCAGGGCAGCCGGGCAGGGGGGCGGGGCUAUCGGGGGAAGGUUGGUGCUCAGUCGGAGUGGAUUCUCCCUCGGGAGACUUGCAGGAGGGCGCCAGAACAACCUGUUUCAUUCAAGAAGCAUGGGAGGGGGGCUGGGAGGAAGUCGGGAAGAUGGAGCAGGAAGUGGAGCGGGAGGUAGUAGUGGAGGAGGAGCUGGAGGAGGAGGAGGAUUUCUUGGUUUAGGUUCAAGACAGGACAACGAGGAGACGAGAGGAGUGCUCGAGGGCGAAGGGGAUGACGACGAGGAAGAGGAGCAGGAGGAGGUGAGGAGAAGAGAGCAGGGAAGAGGUGGCAGAGAGAGGGAUGAAGAAGCGGAGCAAGACGGUGGAGGGGGUGGCGAGGUCAGGGAGGCUGACGGGGGAGGGAGGGACCAUCCUCCAUCCUACCAGGACGCGUUCUUCUUCCCCGUCCUCAUUAUACACGGAGAGGAGAGCUGCCACGCCGGAGACGACAUGUGACGAUCACACACACACACACCGACGUCACGAGCAAGAACACACGGGCCGAGGGAGAUGACAGCAGGCUCUGGACACAAAGAAAAGAGUGGACCGCAGAUGAAGCGGAGGAGAGAAAAUUAGAUGCAAUGUAAAUGAGGAAUGAAUGCGAUGGGAACAGAACGAGGUUGAAAGAAAUUAGUUUGUAGACGGAAGAAGACAGGGUUUAGUCAGGGGAAAAAAGCAAAGGAGGUAAGAACAGCUGUGUGACAGACAGGGUUACCAAGGCAGCGGGGGGAAAGGGCAGUGGUGGUGAUGGAAGGAAAACGGGUGCAUACUGUAAAAAACACACACACUCAUGAGAGCAGAUAGGGAGCGCAACAGCGAGAUAAUACGCCUUUGAACAUGUGAGCGAAGUCAAGAAGAGACUUGAAAUGAUGCACUUUGGUACACAGAGGCUGUGCGGGGGAGAGGGGAUCGAUCGGAUGCUUAGGAGGAACGGAAAGACUGAAAACACGGGAAUGUCUAUUUCCAGAAAUAUAUCUAUGCAAGACCAGGAGUGGGAGGAGUACAAGUCUGAAGAUAGCAGAUUGGAGAGCAGUGGAGAGACUCCAAACCAGCGGAGUGGUACUGGGCAUCUUUCUCACAAGGAACAGAGGUGGAGGGACGACAACAACAGAAACGAUGUUGGUUUGAAUGCUUGAAGCUUUGGUUUUGAUCAAAUUUACAAAAUACAUAGAAGAAAAAUAUGGAUGAUUAAAAAAGACAAAAUUGAUAUUUCAGAUAAGGGAAGGCAGAAAUAGAUCAAAUCACAAAGGAUUACAAAAAUGCAACGUAGAGCCAGAGACACAAAGACAUGCUUUUGGCAAAUUACAUGUACAAAAAUAAUAUUAUAGCGCAGCACGGAAACAGGAGAAAGAGAAGAAGUAGAGUACCAAACUGAGUAUGACGGAUCUGAUUACACUAUAUCUUGUUUCCCAUCUAACGGAGUUAUCCAAAAAAAUCAACUCAAGAGGAGGAGAAAGAAAUAAGAAAUAAAAACUCUUGGCAGGAGUCCUGAUCUCCACUCUAAUCAGGGAAUCCAAAAACAUCCAAAUAGUUUCCCAAAGUAACGUUUAAACCCGACGGGUCCCAGCGAGGUGUUCCUCGGGGCUUUUAAGAGUUGCUUUACAACUUCUCACAGCGUUUGGCCAGCAACCGUAACGGUAAAGCGAGAACGGAUAUUCAUUGAUUUCUCUCCUCCUCUUCUUGCCGUCUUACCCCUCACUCCGCCAUUAGCUUCCGCACCACUCUCUCUAUCCAUUACCGAUAUGGAGUUAAUAGAAAAAACUGUAAGAUGACGGGCGAUUGCUUCCUCUUCUCUUCGACUCCUUUUUUCCCCUUGCGCCAAUCUGCUCUCCUCCCCUCCAUUUUGCCACCACUCCUUCUCUCCUCCUCCCUUUCUCACUCUGCACUGGAAACCACGAGGUGCAAGUGCAGAGGUGUAAUUCCGAGGAAAAAAGUCUUUUUAAUUUUUUUUAAAGCGCUACUAUUUAGAUGCAACGUCUUCUUUUUUGUUGUUGCAAUUAGCACAUUUUGUGUUAUAAGUGAGAGCAUUGUACCAAAAUAGAUUCACCGCCUUCGUCAUUACCUUCUCCCUCUGCCAUCCUCUCCUCUUCUGCUCCUCCCUUUCCUCUUUUACCAAUCGGAGAGUUCCCAGCUUUUAUAAAGUUUAUUUUAAUGACCUCUCGCCAUGUCUGUAUAUUGUCAAAAGAAACGAUGCGUAAAGGAAGAGCAGAAGAUGUAGACUGCCCUUUAAAGAUUUGGGACGGUUGCUAACACAGGGAGUGAUUUCUACCCAAAGUAAGAGUCAAAUGUUUCGCUCAUUUCCUCCAGGUAUGCCUGUGUAGUGUUCUCUCGUUGUAAACAGUUGUACCCAAAGAUAGGCUUGCACAAUACAAAGUAAAGAAGAAGAAAAAUUACAAUAACCAGUAAACCUCCUUCCUCCAAUAUCAGUAUUCUAUAUAUCACAAUAUUGUAUGUGUUUAGGCAUGAAGAAAACACUAAUCUCAUUUAUGUCCAUCAUGUUGGACUGCAUGGGACGUUAAAGAGCUGUCGAGCUCGGCUGGCAUCCUCCUGAUGACACAGAAGAAAAAAAUAAAAACACACACGUGAAAAAAUCCGAUUGCUUUGUGCAGAUAAACGAAAUUUGCCGAUGAGAACUUGCGACGUUAAAACGAAGCCAAACCCCGUGAUCACGGCGAUGGAAUAAGUGGCCAGAUUGUGCCGUGCUGCGACCUCCUCCUCUUGAAGAAUCCCCUGCAAAGUCAGUCACGGCGCUCCCUGAAGCGUCGUGAGACGUGUAAAAGUUAGCCGGCGUAGAGAAGCAUGUAACCUAAUAACGCCGACUGUGCAGGAAGACACCAGCCAAUAGCUGUGUGGCAAAUAUGUGUUGCCAUUGCUCAAAACGCAGUGCCAGAAAGCAGUGAUCCGUGAUCAGUCCCCAUGAAUUUAGAUCAUUUAGAUGCAUGUAAACAAAGAGUCCAGAAGGAUGAACUCCAUCCUACGUAGAGAGUGGGUAUGUUUUUGGUGCAGGAUCAGUCCAGGGAGAGACGGUUGGCAUUAGCAACCCAACCAUCAGUGCAUAUGUCACAAAGCACACGUCACCUGCUCCAGGAGCACGAAGCAGUGACGGUAGUGAGCUGAACCUUUUCCCCGCAUGGUGCCCGUCACUAUGCCACCACAUGAUGGAUGUUGGAGGGGUCUCCCUCGUUCUCCAUCUGCUGUACUUCGGCCCACGAUACUGAAAAGCACACUUAUUGACUGAGGUUGGAAGGAGAAAUCUCUCACGCGAGGACAUUCCCUGACAAAUACAGAGCAAAAAACAAAUACAAAAAUGGCGAGGAGAUCCACGUGUUGACGAAACGCUCACAGGGAUUAUGGAUGUUGUCACGGCAACAUCCAGCCUGGAUUCAGCAGAGACAGCAGGAUAGAAGUAGAGCACGAGUGCUGACCUGGUUCAGUGUACGGGACACGUGUGCACACACUCUGACACACACACACACACACUCUGACACACACACACUGAUUCUGGCUCACGGAUCUUCGCUAUCUUUGGGGGACGAGCUGAAAUGGGCACAAAGCUAACUCACGGACGGAAUAAUUCCAUGGAAGGAAGAGAAAAUAAACAGCAACGAGGACAAUUGUGUCUACUUGAAAACUGGGAGCAGUUUUGCGUGAACAGCCGAUGGCAGGAAGAAAAUGUGAGAUUAAGAGACAAUUAUUUUUACAGCUACUUAUUAACAUCUCAGACUUGUGCAUAAAGUUGUCUCCAUCGAUGUCCCUUCACAAAAAGAAGAACUAAAAUGCACUGACCGCACUUCUGGGUUCAUUUGAUUGUGUUGUUUUCACUCAUUUGCUAUCACUGUUUGUUAUUUGUACAUACAUAUUUAAAUGUGUUCAUAUAGCCAGACAGCCACUUGAAUUUGAAAUCACGUGUAGUGAGGUCAAAUUUCAAAUCUGCUUGCGUUUACAUUUCUGUCGAAAUAGAAACUUCAGUUUUGUCUGUUAUUUGCUACUUUUAUAUCAUCUGCAUACUUGAGGAGACUUUAUUGCAGGUUUUUUGAGUAAUGUCUAAAACCCAAAUGGCUUUGUACGCUUUCUAAUGUUCUCAUAUCGGAGCCGUCUUUAUUUUAUAUUUUAAUUUGUCUGUUUUGUUAUCUCAGUGUGUCAAAAGUGUGUCCUUAGCCACUUCAGGUGUUGCAAGAGAACUCUGUGCCCAUGAAGUCUUACACAAACACACUCAUGUGCGCUUGCAUGCUUAUUCACAGCAGUAGAGCAGCCAUUAUAACGGCUUCAUUUAGACUAGACAUUACUUCAAUACCCAUCGUAGCCCCUAACUUCUGAACAAAAACACACACACACACACACACACGCAUUCAAAGCAUGGAGCUGUCCUGCUAUGUUGCCUUUGUGUCCGACGUUGCCAACCUUUCUGCUCGGGAUUUCAGUUUAUUCUGCAUUUCCUGUGUCAACACAAGCUGUCUUUCACACAUAACAUCCAUCAUGCCAAAGCAAAAAAAUGCCUGAGCUUACACACACACAUGCACACACACGCACACACACAUAGACAAUAACAGCUGGGACAGGCGGUCCACACAAUGUACAAUCAUCUGAUCUGCACUGGGGGAGGGGGGGGGGUUUACCAAGGAGCACAAUUACAAGGCUGGCAAAAUGCACAGGUGCAGCUGGUGUAAAUCCACCCAGAACGUGAGGCUGAACCUGCAGGCCACCUGGUGGCGACAAAGCCUUAUGUAAUAUGAGAGUAAACCAACAGUGAGUGAACAGGGUAGAAAGCAGCUGCAGUCCUCCUCGCUGUGGGUUCAGCCCGUUCCACAUGGGCACACGACCCAGGGCGGCGAGGUUGAGGGCAAGUUGUCCUCGGCCGCUGGUAAAAAAAGGGUCCAAGUGUGCAGGGGUGUAACAAAAGACGACGAGUUUGAACCCGCAGCGAGCAGCGCAGUUCUACGUGAUUGUGCGUUGAUCUUCACCGAUCAAGAUUUUUUUCCUUUAACUGUGACUGAAUGUUUUGCAAAUCAAUAUUGCCCAUGUUUCCCGCUUCGUGGCCUGACUUGUAGAUGUUGCUCAGCAGCUUUCUCUGAACUUAUAACCACAAGCAACGGGAGCUUCAGACGUUGCAAAGGACAGCACUGCAUUUUCACUGCGUCGCUCAUAAUCUGGCGGUGUCGCCAUAUGAAACACACCACACGUUGAAAAGGGAGGACGGUGUUUGGUUUGCGAUCAACGUUCGCCCAUUUGGAAAAGGCCACCCUAAAAUACACGUCUUUUUUCUUGUGCCCAGAUCUUUGUAUUUCGUGGGCACAUAGCCUACUUCUGCUCUCGUUUCCCACUUUUCAUCAACAUCAUCACCUGACUAUCUUAUAAAAUGCUUAUAGCAAUUAUGACCGAUGUAUUGUUGUCAAUACUGUUACUGUUUCUCUUGUGGUUAUGGAAUGAGUCGAGUAGUCAUACCGAGUUUGUCAACAAUGUAAAAAUCAUGUUUACUGUUGGUUUAAUGGGAAAUCACAUGAAUUCCAGCUGCAUUUGGCUUUGUCUAAUGUGGAUACUACAAACUAUCAGGUAACAAAUAGAAACGUGUGAUCCAUCGACUAUGUUUAACUCACAGUUAUUGUAACGCAGAUGAAGAAAACAUUGACCAAAAGCAGAAUUCAGGUUGUUCUUUUGACCUUUGACCUCAAGACACUUUAAUGGGAAUUUGUGUGUGCAUAAACGAGUCUUCUUCAGAACAAAACAAAAACACAGCCACGAUUACAGUCUGGUAUUAGCGGCUGCUGCACUUUUAUAACAAUGAAAAGUAGCAGUUUUACAUUGUGCAAAACUUGUAUUGUGGCUAUACUGAGCCUCAUAUCGUGGUAUGUGGGAAACAUACGUCACUGCCCUUUGUUUUGACACUGGCAACAUGCCAGCUGUUUAUAAAUCCAAUGCUCAGAAUCACAUACAUGACUGCAAAGUGUCAGUAGGAACUCUUCUGAGUUCAAGGCCAUGCAUUAGUGUCGGAUAUUCAAUGUCUGGAUCAGGGCUCUAUGAUUUUAAUGAUCAGGGACUACAUGUGGUCAUGGUUAGAGUUAAGGAUGCAGUAACGCAUCCUGAAACACCUUGCUUUAAAUAUGUGCUGCGUCACCUGAUUGUUGAGUAUCUCCAUUGGACAGCAACACUAUCAAAAUCUUGUUAAAAACCUUGAGCCCAAGGUCGCGCACUUCCGGAAGCGAUCACGUCGCACGUCAUUUCCAGAUGCUCAUUUUCUUUCCUGCUAAAUAUUUAAUGCCGCUGGAUUACCUUGUGAGCUGUCGAACAAAUGAGCCGAUACCACGAUGUAGUUUCUAUGUACAUGCAGCCUCUAUGGAGUUCAAAACAAUCAUGUCACAUGCUAUGCAUUGUUGUCUUACACACAGUUAACGCGUAAAGCCGGGGAGUGGGCUUUCUGUUCAAGCACCGUCGGGCAAAAUGUCUAAGCUAAUUAAUAUGUAACUGAUAAUGAGAUUGUCAAUAUCACACCAGAGUAUAGCUGUUGUCACUGGCCUAUUUAGGAUCGUGUAAUUAUUUAAUUCGAGCGGAUGAUGACGCCGUAGGUAAUGGAGCUGGUGGCAAUAACACUUAACUGAUGCGGUCCUGGCGAUGAUGAUGGUGACAAUAAAUUAACAUGGAAGAUACAAAUAAAGUCAAUCUGCUUGGUAUACCA